AUGGGUAUCUGCGCAUCGUGCCUGGGUGGGCGCGCCGACGAAGACCAGUCGGACGCAUCGCAGCUCCUCGGUGACAGCUACCAGCCGCAGUACGGCACGCUCGAGUCGCGCCCGCAACACACUCCGCAGCCCGAUCCAGCAGAGCUCCUCCGCGAGCGAGAGGCGCUCGAGCAGAUCUGUGCCGAAACGUCCAGCCAGCUCAUCACCGUGAUACAACCAACGGCGCAACCCGACUCGGACCUGCCCCCGGUCUCAGAGACGACCGACUAUGCCCAGCACUUCGGCAAACGCUUCCCCUCGCUACGCGGCUCGAAGAAGGAUUCCGCUGCGACUGCUGACGCUGACCUGGACGAGGCCGCAUGGCUCGACAGCGUUCUCGGUGGGGAUGAGGACGGCGAGGAGCCAGUCAAGGCCGUCCAGGGAGGCCUCACACGCCAGUUUGGCAAGUAA